AUGGAAUCUCAGAGGUUUAAGCGCAGCAAACGUGAUCAUGAUACCAGAUACACACAACCUCGCAUGAAAACCAAUUAUGAAUUGGAACUGGAAGCUGCAAAGAUUUAUACUCGGGGGAUAUUUUUUGAUGUUCAAGAAGAAAUUCGACUUGCUUGCAAGAAUUGUAUGUGCAGGCGUGAAGAAGAAGUUGGUGAUUCAAUUAAGUUUUAUAUUCUACAGGUCAAUCUUCCUGGCCUUCAUGAGCUUCUUUUUACUCCUAAGGAUAUGGUAAUUAAAUGCAGCUGCAACCGAUAUGAGCAGUAUGGUUUGCUACGUAGGCAUGCCUUUUGUGUUCUUCGUCUUUGUGGUAUAAAGGAGUUCCCUAAAAAAUAUGUUAUGGGGCGUUGGACAAGAGAUGUUGUUCCAAAAAAGACAAAAGUUUCGAGUUUUGAUCAAAAUGCUGCUGGUAAUCAAGUUGAACGUGCUUCCAGCAUUGUGUGUGAGAUAAUGACUGCAACUGAACAUAUUGUUAACCGUCUUGUUACAAAUAUUGACCUGUUAUCGUUGUAUAGAGACCAAGUGAUCGAGUCGAAGUUGAAGGUUGAUUCUGCUGACCUUCCUGCAGAAUCACUUGACAAGAAUGCAAGAUUAGCUAAUAUUCUUCAUGCUGAUCAGCCAUGUUCAUCGUCUUCUGCUACCAUUCUUCCACCUAGUGGUAUUAGAAACAAGGGGUGUGGUUCAAACAAACGCUUAAAGUCUUUUCGUGAGGUAUCAUCUUCAAGAAUAUCAAAGAAAACUAAAUCUAGAGGUUGUUUGAUAUGUGGAGGUCAUGGACAUAAUAGUCGGACUUGUAAGAUGAAGACUACUGUUGCUGAUUCCCAGAAGAGCAGUUAG